GUUAUUUUUUUCAGCAGGGAAAACAUUAGGCUACAUAGAACAGUAACCUAAAUAUGAUUUAAUUUUGCAUUAACACUGUCACUAUAAUAAUUAAUAAUACAUAUUAUGGAAAUUCAUAUGGUUUUCAACAGCCGAACGUACAUUAUUAACUAUUUGCUCCAUAUAAACGGCAAAGGUUAGUUAAACUGUUGUAAAGGGUGGCUCGUGUUGAAUACUAAACGCGUAAUGUCCCAGGGCGCUUGCCGUAGCCACACGAGCGCCCAAUGUUUUGAAGAUGACUGGCAAUAAAAGCAUGUGUCAAAACUCCAUUAGUCAGGUGCUGCUGACUCUUCUUAUACUAUGCUGUCUACAGUGUCACUCCAGGCCUCACAGUUACGACAGUAAACCACUUUCAGAAAUAUCCAAAAAGGUUUCUAAGUACUCUGACAUUGCUCUGCAAAUCAUAAACCUAGCAGUAUAUGGAAAGGCUCAGAACCGUUCUUAUGAGAGGCUGGCUGAGUUCACUGACACUAUUGGAAACAGAGUGAGUGGCUCUGAGAACUUAGACCUGGCAAUUAAGUACAUGUUCAAUGCCCUGACACGGGAUGGACUGGAGAAUGUGCAUCUAGAGCAAGUGAAGGUCCCUCACUGGGUACGAGGGGAGGAGAAAGCGGUGAUGCUUCUACCGAGAAACCACACUUUAGCCAUCCUUGGGCUUGGUAGUAGUGUUGGAACUCCUCCAAGAGGUAUAGAGGCGGAGGUAAUGGUGGUGGAAUCUUUUGAAGAGCUCAAAAAGAGAGCGAGUGAAGCUAAAGGGAAAAUCGUUGUGUAUAACCAGCCGUUUGUCAGCUAUGGGGAGACCGUAGCCUAUCGGGCUUCAGGGGCCUCGGAGGCUGCUAAAGUUGGCGCUGUAGCUUCGCUUAUCCGUUCAGUAACUCCAUUCUCCAUCAACAGCCCCCACACUGGCUGGCAGUGGUACGAGCCUGGAGUGCCUCAGAUCCCCACUGCAUGUAUCACUGUCGAGGACGCCCAGAUGAUGGCCAGGAUGGCCCUCAGAGGCCAGAGGAUUGUGCUGCGUCUGACUAUGGGGGCCCAAACGCUGCCAGAUGUCGACUCUUACAACACUGUGGCUGAAAUCACAGGCAGCGAGCAUCCUGAGCAGGUGGUGCUGCUCAGUGGUCACCUGGACAGCUGGGACGUGGGUCAGGGUGCUAUGGACGACGGAGGCGGGGUCGCCAUUUCCUGGGAAGCUCUUUCUUUGAUCAGAGAUUUAGGGCUGCGUCCCAAAAGAACUCUGAGGACGGUGCUGUGGUCCGCAGAGGAGCCAGGCGGGGUGGGAGCUGCUCAGUACUUCCAACGGCACAAAGCGAACAUCUCGAACUUUGACCUUGUAAUGGAGUCUGACCUGGGCACCUUCGGUCCUCUGGGACUGCAGUUCACUGGCAGCGACAAAGCUCGGGCAAUCAUGAAGGAGGUGAUGAAACUGUUGGCUCCCAUCAAUGUCACGUCGCUCGAAGAACAUGGAGAGGGAACAGACAUUAACAUGUGGAUGGAGGCUGGGGUUCCAGGCGCCAGCCUCCACACUGCAGACCAGAGGUACUUCUGGUUCCACCACAGCGACGGUGACACAAUGAGCGUCCAAAACCCAGAGGAGAUGAACCUGUGUUCCGCUGUUUGGGCCGUCGUGGCCUACGUGGUCGCUGACCUGGAGGAAAUGCUCCCCAGAUAGCGAGUCACUCACAAACGACUGAACAAACCACUGUCCAUCAACUCACAGCAGUCGCUCGAUCACACCAUUACCUUGAGAAUUCUCUACCAGCCUGAGAUGGGGGUUUUUUUUUUGUGAUUUGACUUCACCGUAACCUCAGGUACACUCCCGAUCACUCCUUUGUCGUGUUAUAUAUAUAUUUGAUACUUUUCUCUUUUAAUAUUUUUACAUUUUUGAUUUAGUUUUAUAAUGUAAAACAAUAUAAUUUAUAUUCUUAAUUUAUUCAUUGAACUGUCACUUCUGUAAACACGAGUGGUUCGUAAUCUAUAACAAAAUGGCAUUAGUCCGUGAAUAAAGAUCCGGCAUCUGUGGCUAAAAUAAGCUUGGGAAGUCUUGGCUUCGCAAACAGUGACAAACUGCGUGACGCUGUUAUGAUGUCAUUUUCCACAAACCGAAUAUGUCUUAGUCAUCAGAACAUCUGACUUCCCUUUGGAAACUAAGCCCAGUUCUCCUUUCCCAAAACAAACAAACAAAAGCAAUGGAUAUGCUACUGUUGAGUCAUCAUACUUUUUUUUCACAGAAGUUGUUAUUAAAGGGUGAGAUGAAAAUCAUCCACCUGAGAGAUUUCUUUCCCUCAUUGAAAGUCCCCUCCACCAGACUUUAAUGCUUCAAAUGGUUGAUUAAUGCAUUGCAAAUGAAAUGAAAUCCAAAUGAAUUAGCAGUUUAAAGGGACACAAUAGAUUUAUAUGACGAUUUAAUUCAGGAUUUCAUUUUAUAAACAUUAAUAAGCUCACGUCAAAUGUGGUAAACAUGUUGUUUUUUGACCUUUGUUUUAUCAUGCGUGUUCAUUAAUAGUAUGAAUUAAGAUGCACAAAUGAUGUGGAUUAAUUUUAUGAUGUCUUUAUGAACUCUCUUACAAGUUUUAGUUGCGUGAACUUUCAGUGGAGGACGGGAAAUCUCUCAGGUUUCAUUAGAGAUACCAUUUUUGUGUGUUUUGAAGGUGAACAAAAGUUUAAUUGGUUUGGAAUGACAUUAGGGUGAGAAUUAAAUCGUAAAUUAAAUUUCCUGCAUCCCACUGCUUGAGCUACAAGCAAAAAUUCACUUCAGCUGAAAAAAAAAAAUAAAAAUAGCAGUGAUUAACUGGUUUCAGAAACAAUUAGCAUCACUUUUUGGUUGUCCCUGCAAGCUGAAAUUUAAUCAUUGGGAAAACCGCAGACUUGUUCUAACUGCACCAAAAUCAUCUAGAUGAAUUUGUUCUUUAUUUUUGUGUUUAUGCUUAAAGGGUAACUGUGUGUUUCUGUGUUUUUAUCAAGCGAAGGAAAUGCUGUGGUAAGCUUGUGUCCUCGUUAUGUAGUAUGUGUACGUGCAUGUGCCCAUGUGAGCUGCACUUAAUGUCUGGUUUUCAAUUACAUCAAACAAGUAAGUUCUUGUUUCUAUGACAACUUGGAUUGAGAGGACAUAUGAACAUUAUGCAAGAAAAUCGGCCCCAGUCUUUGGUUUUCCCACAGGUUUCUCCUCGCCAUGACUAAAUCUGAAUCACACAAGCAUCUUGAAUGCACAUGUUUCACAAAAGAGAAAUGUUCUUAGUUUUGCAACAAUUACAUGCUCUCUUUUUCUUGACAGAAGAAUUUAUAGAGAAAAUUACCCAGAUAAGUUUGGUUAACAGGCUAAUAGGUCAGUUUCCUGAAGAAAAAUAUUUUUUUUUUCCCUCUACUUUGAUCGGAUAACAAAAGUUUACAGGCAUUGACCCAAGGCUGCUUUUACAUUGCCUUGGGCCUCAGAUUAGAGACCACAUCAUAAAAGCAUUUUCCUGGGAUUUCAGAGACUUAAUUUCGUCAAAAGCUGCCAAGACUUUUUCUCUGGUCUCAAUGCAAUAUAUUGACAAGGUCCAGACACAACAUUUCUUAAAGCAAUAUCCUGGCUUCAGUACAAGUCAAGUUCAGUCUACAGCAUUUUUGAUAUUACAGUAUAUUGAUUUGGAAUGAUUUAGACUUUUUCAAAAUGUGGGUUACAGUGAGGCACUUAAAAAGGUGAACAGUGCCAUGAAGGAAAAAAGUGAUAAAAAAAAGAUAAGUCACUAUUUUUGUGUGUGAAAAUGCACAGUUGUAUGUCUUCUUUAACAUCACAGUGGUGACCAGUAAAUCCCAAAACAAAUAAAAAAUCAUAAUUACGACCUAAAUAAUACACACAUUCUAACAGAAGAAUUGCUUUUAGACGUGCUUUUAAGGAAUAACAAGAUUGGGUCACACUUUAUAUUAGGCGGCAUUAUUAUGUACUUACAUCAAAAAAUAAUUACAGUGUACUUUUUGUGUUUUAUUUUAUAGCAAAACACUUGCUGCUGUUGAGGUGGAUACGGGUAAGGUUA